GCUGCAAACAUCAUUAGGAGGGGAGACGCUUUCCACCGUCAGCGCCGGAGCAGAGCAGAGCAGAGCAGGGGAGCCCUGGCAACAAGGAGAGACACAAACUCAGCAGCCCGUUACACCCUACAGGAAUGGUGACAGCACCUGCAGAGACACAGACGUGGACAGACGGCGCAGGCACUCGGAAGGCUUCCCUCCCAUUGGUGGAGAGAUCCAGACUUCACACCAGGAACUGCGGCUCCAUUCGGUCGUCGGCUCUCAACUGAGCGGCAGGCUCUACCUACUCCGCCCAAGUAACACCGCCUCCUCUGCAGGGAGUGCUGAGUCCCUGAGUCGACACACUGCAUUCUGGGAUAGUCUGGAACUCUCUCCAUGGGCUGUACCACCUGCUGACAAACCAGGGGGGUCUGGAGGAGCUGUGUUGAAUGAGGACUGUGCUGGGUGUCAGCAGGCUUGCUUUUGCAGGGAAAUGAUUCCGCAUGAAGUGCGACGCACUCGGCCCCCCGUCGUCCUCGGCGGCAGCAGCAGGUGUGACGUCGUGACACUCUCCCCUACCACACUGAGGUCACCCUUCAGCCGCUAAAGAUCCCUGGACCAAACAGAUCGCCCUACCCCUUCCCUCUCUAACCAUCCCUCCAUAUCUUCAUCUCCAUCUUUAAUCCUUCCUCACCUGCUUGUUAGGGCCUGGAUUUUCUUUGUUAUCAAGAAAAUAAAAGACCUGAUUUAACAGCCUCGGGUGAACUGGAUAGAGAGUGAGAGAGAGAAGAGAUUGGGAAAGUCAAUUCAUUGCUAAUUAAAGGGAGACAAAGGACAACAGUGAGACAAAAGAGACGAGGAAGUGAUAUAGAAAGUCAGAGAGAGAGAACAAAAAAGAAGCGAUAGUCCAAAAGUUAAGGAAACGCAAGUGAAGUUGAGGGACGGGAGGCGAAGUCAGCAUGAAGUCCAACCACGAACGCAGUAAUGAAUGUCUGCCCCCAAAGAAGAGGGAGAUCCCCUCAAGUACAUUACCAUCUGAAAUCCGCUCACCCAUCAUGCCACCUGCCAGUGACAGCCAGCACACUGAGAACAUGGCCUGGCUUGCCAGUGUGGCGGGUGGGAAUGAGAGUAGCGUAGGUGGGCAUCGUAGCUCCAGUCAGUCUGACGGGCCCCAGUAUAAAUCGCUCUUCUCCACUUCAGACUCUUCAUCCUCCUCUUCAUCACUGAGGCUAGUCUCAUCUCUUCCCACAGUGUAUACGUCCGCCCUGUCACAACCCACAGUUGGAGGAACUGUCCAUUACACCCAACUGCCACCCAACCUGCAGUUUAUAGCCUCACCCUACACUGCCCCAUACACAGGCUACAUCUCCCCUCAACUUCUCCCACCCCCUCCUCCACCUCCCCCCCUCUCCUCCUCCUCUCUGGCCGCACAGAGACCCUCACACACAGAGACAGUCUGUGCUCCUUCACAGGCCUCCAAACAUGACCAGCAGAGAGCAUCCAUGGGGCGUACCUCCAUGCCUCCACCUUCUACAGACCCCACCCCUCACCAUGUUCAAUUGUCAACCUCUCCACGGACUGUGCCAUCGCCUCAUCACCAAGGAGGUGUUCAAUUUCCUCACCAGUCACUGCACCCCCACCAUACCUUGGGACAUGGGAUGUCCCAGGUUGUGGUGCAGUACACGGACGGACCGACCAGGAAAGAGGAAAUUUGCUCCAGACCUAGAGAGCUCCACAAUGGAGAGCUGGAAAGGGGUCGGCGGUAUGGAGCAUCCCCAGAGUCCAGCCUCUCCAAGUCAGGUAGCAAAUCACGAGACAUCACUUCUUUGUCCUCCUAUGAGGCCCGCCAGCUGGUUCUGCCAUCAGAGUACUCUACUCAUGAUCCCUCAGGGCUGAGAACCUCUGUAAUGCUUAUGCCUAACAGCCAUGGGGACCACCAGAUGGUACCACCCAGAGCCAGCCCUGAGAAGCUGACAACCUCUGCCUCUACACACCUGGAGAAAGGUGGCAUCAUUCUGGGCAAGCCUGUCAAUCGCACACCCUCCUCCUCCUCCAACACCACCUCCUCUUUCACGUUUCCACCACCAUUAAGUGUCAACAGCCUGAAAGCUGCUGUCAGCACGCUAUCGCCCCAGACCGUUAUCCAGACCACCCACAAUGCUACAGAGUCACUGUCAAUGGGGCUGCCCUCCACCAGUAUCUACCCUCAGCCACCUAUCAUUGGUUACAUUGCAGGGGGCAAUGGGAGCCAGCAUACGCCAAUCAGCUACCACACCAGCCUACAGCAACACUUACUCAUUCCUGGCACCCAACCAGUCAUUAUCCCUGUUAGUGGAGGUGGAGUCACCACAUUGGAACCUGUAACCUCUCACGUAACAUCAUCUACACAAGCAACAUUUCCCACCACACUCCCACACACAUACAUUGCUGCCACUGCCCCCAAAGGAGAAACUCUGGAAACCUCCAGCGGCUCGUUUCACCAGGCUGCUUCAGGUGGAGUGGUCCAAGCCCAGCUCCAUCUUCCCAUUGUUCCCGCUCCUCCAGGAUUGGUCGCUCCUUCUGCUCCACCUACUCAAUCCAAUGCGGUGGUGCCUCCCUCACUCCCCCCAUACUUCAUCAAGGGCUCCAUCAUCCAGCUGGCCGAUGGAGAGCUGAAACGUGUGGAGGACCUGAAGACAGAGGACUUCAUCCAGAGUGCCGAGAUCAGCAGUGAGCUGAAGAUCGACUCAUCCACAGUGGAGCGCAUUGAAGGGAGCCACACCUCACCCAACUUUGCUGUGGUUCAGUUUUCUGUUGGUGAGCACCGUGCACAGGUGAGCGUGGAGGUCUUGGUGGAGUACCCCUUUUUCGUCUUCGGCCAAGGCUGGUCUUCAUGCUGCCCUGACCGGACCACUCAGCUUCUGGAGCUGCCUUGCACCAAGCUUUCUGUGGGCGAUGUUUGUAUUUCACUCACCCUCAAGAACCUGAGGAACGGAUCCUUGAAGAAGACUCAACCCCUGGAGCUGGCUACCCCUGCCUUCAGCUACGGGCACCUCAAAUCCCACAGAGCCGUCUUAGACGCUCCCCAAAGCUGCAGUGGAGGAGGCUCCAGGCACAGCGAGCGGGAGAAUGGCAUCAGCCAGCGAGGGAAAGGUGGAAGUGGGAAUGGGAGUGGAGCGGGCACCAAUGUGGAAAACGGAGAUCUCAUGUUCGGGGAAAGAGGGUCAGUUUCUAAGGGUCAGGUCAGCGCAGAAGCUGGCUGCAGUAAGUCUUCAGGAGGCAGGAAGCGGAGAUGGUCUGCCCCUGAAGGUCGAAAAGUAGAAAAAUCAGAGGAGGAGCCGCCCUUGACCCUGCCCAAGCCUUCCUUCAUCCCUCAUGAGGUGAAAGUCAGCAUUGAGGGAAGGUCGAAUAUUGGCAAGUGAAGGCUAGCAGGACUGUUAAAUAACCAUUGGGAUUUGGAGAAAAAAACCUGAAAAAAAACUGCCCACAUUAAUGUUUCAUUUGUCUUGGUUUUAAAGUUUUGUUUUCUGUUUUUAUUUUUCUAUCUUGAAUACUGUACCGUAGAGGUAAAUUUACCCUACAUGGUAUCACCUUACAUUAAGUCCAUGUAGUUUAUAACACUUUUUUUUAUAGAUGGAUUUAAUAUCACACAAGCAAUCGGUGCCGUUUUGGUGGUUUUCAUGAGAUGACUUAUGGUGAGGGAUUCGUGGAGCGUGCUACAUGUUUAUUGGUGGCUGUGUGGCACACAGGGGCGAUGCUUGAUGGCUCUUCUUGGCUGGCUACGCAUUACACAUUAUGUAAAUCUAAAAUUGAAUUAGCUCGUAGUUAGCUUCUUGACAGUGAUUUCACUCCCUGUGCACUGGAUGAAAAACACUUCCACCUCUUGCUAUGCCAGUGGUUUUACACUGGGUCACGGGAGUGAUAUAAUGUCACCUGAUCCUGCACUAUUUGCCCAAUCAGAGUUGGAGUUUGGAAAAAACGUACGAUGUGUUACUCACAGUGUCAUCAGGGUGUGCCAGUGUGCCACACAAUAGAGAGGGAACAACACUUACUCUGUUCAGUUUGAUGACGGUGGAGUCUUUACUUUCAUCUUGAGCAUUUUUAAUGAUUUAUUUUUUUCUUAAACCCCUCGUCUUCUAUCUCACCAGAUAGUUGUUUUCAAUGAUUGUCAAAAACCUUAAUCAGGGGUCAUUUAGUCCUAGAUUGAACCUAGGUGGGUCAAUGUUGAUGUAUAAAUGUGAGAUACCCUAACCUAAUACAAACAAGUGCAAACAUACUGGGUUGGCGAAAAACUUCACUUUAAAUGAAAAUGUUAAGAGGAAGACUUCAUUGAAUCCUCGUCAUUUUAUUGAUGAAUUUCUUUCUAUUUUUUUAAGGAGAAAGGCUGUGCGAGAGGAACCGUGAGAAAAUCUGCAUGUCACUUCUGAGAGGGUCAAGAUGUUUCAAAGCACUUAACACACCUGUCACACUCACCGUACAGCCGACAAAAAAUUAUUUGUUGUCUCUUUAUUUACGCAGUACUGUAUGUUUUUAGAUUUAUUUUUUAACUUAGACAAGGGUAGAAAGUAGCAACAGCACUUUGGAUGGUGAAGCUUUUGGAAAAGUGAAGUGGUCGGGAGCAGAUGUGCCAUGGGAUCACAAAGAAAGGGAUGAUCGUGAGCAGGUAUUGGUGCAAAUUGCAGUUAGAAAACGGGUAGAGAGAGAGAAAAAUGUGGUGACAAAAGGAAUUAGAAAUAUGGUGGGUUUUCAGCAUGUGCGCUCGUAAGGUUAGGGGAAAAGUGUUGGAAUGUGUUCUGAAAGUUUGGGAUCAGGCAUAAGAAUUAACAAGGAAGAAAAAGGCUUUGAAAUAUCCCAAUGAUGUUCUGUACUAGACUGAGAGUGUUGGUUAUAAGCUCACGCCACAGAAUUUUGAAGGGUGUCAUAUAUUUGUAAUUUAUAUGUGCGUGUGCUCGAGUGUGCAUGAUGCUGGUCUGUGUCUGUCCACACACACACACACACACAUGCCUACACAAAUACAAACCAAUACAGAUCAUCCCUGAAACCUAUAAUGUAUUUGUUGUUGGCUGAAAGAUGCUUUUCGGUGCAUACUGUCCCUCCUGCAAAGACACUAGUUGACUGACAUUGGAUUAAUGCACACUGCUAACAGUACAGUUGUACAGCAAGUGUUUGUGUAUGUGUGUGGGUUUGUGUAUGGGUGUAUGUAUACUGUGUAUAGGAAAAGGAUAUACUCAUUUGUAAUGUAGACAGUGCUAAAUGUCCAGUGUUUCUACUUGGAGUCGUACUUAAGAGAAUCUUGCAAUUUGCACAUCAGGAGGAGGGAGAAGGGUGGAGACAUAAUUUUUUUUUUUAAAGGCCCUGUCCUGAAACGAGCCCUAGACCACGUAACACACUGGAGGAGACCAGGGUUUUUGUUCCUCAACAGGCACUUGUCACAUUGUAGAGGAAAAGUUUCGACAUUUACACAGUCAUGGUCAAAUUACAUUUGAGUUUUUAUCGAACAUAAACAUAGCUGUAAGCCAGAAUUUGAAGAUGUGCCUGCCUACUGAAUUUACUGACUUUAGUUAAAGAUUUGUCGUGUGUGAAGGAAAAUUUACUUAUUCUUGUCCACUUUUCCUGCUGUUGAAACCAGGGUGUAGGGACUAGGGUUCAGUUUUGAACAUGGCCUGUGCUUUCAGCCAGCUGAAACCCUAUUUUGCUAAGAUGUAGCAGUUACCUCAACAGAUGUGCUUGCUUGGUUGUCCCCAACAUUUGGAGCUUUGUAAGCAAAGCUUGUUAAGCUGAACAUCCUCACAGGCUAUUUUCUUGCACAUGACAGCCCGAGUUCAGUUCUGUUUUUGAGGUGUGAUGUCAAGUGUAUACCACCUAAUGAUUCUUUGAUUAUAACAUACAGAAAAUAUAUAGUCUGCAUUUUUUCUCUAACAUCAGAGUAACUGACUUGCACUGAUGUUUCAUAGUUCACAUUUUCCAUUUAUUAGAUAAACAAAUUGGCGGUGACGGUGGACAUGUGGUCUGGGAUUUAGUAUGUCCUAAUUGUAUGGUGCCAUUCAACAUGUAAAUGUUUUCCUCAUGCUGCAUGUAACAAUACAGUAUGAUUAUGCACAGUAGUUAGAUUAGUGCGCGCGAGGCUGCCGGCACAAACGUGUUGUUAAGGAGGUGGCAUCCCGCAGGCAUAUCUGUUGAGCUUUCUACUCAGCCUCUGUAUUUAGGUGUUGUUAUUAUGGCAGAGAUUUGGUUUAGCUCGGCAGCGUCGUUUGCCUCUAAGAAGUGUGUCAGUCGUAUUUUCACCUCCACCUGUUAUAUAUAGGUUAAGCUGUGUGGGGCAACGCCGUGUCAGGUGGUGGGAGUUUACCAGGGUGAUGGUUGCAGGAUGGAUGUGUGCUCAGAUGGAUGAGGUAUGUAUGGAUAGGUGGUAAAUGGGUAGAUGGAUGGUAAUGGUGAUGGUGAUGGUGAGUGAAUGAGAAGACCCUGUAUGAGAUUUGAAAAUGCUUUUUUUUUUUUUAAUAAUAUGACAGGGUUUCUCAGAUCAACACCACCACAGUAGUGCAUUUUCAUUUCUUCCUUUUCCUAUUGAAACAUCAUGAGUAGAAAUAGUGGUGUGUGUGUGCAUGUGUGGGUGUGUACAUGUUUUGCAAUUUCUGUGCAUGUGUGGCUGUUUUGUAAAUGUAUGUCCAUUUCUGUUUUUUCUUUUUUUUGGUCCAACCCCCUUUUCCAAUACGUGAAAAAAGCAGAACCACGACAUCUAAACUAAUGUAUCAACCACUCAGACCAUCUGAACUUUUACUGUCAGGUUAAAAACAAAAAAAAGAUUUUUUUUAGCCAAAGCCAAGUGAUGCAUUUGUUGCUUUGGUUACUUUAGAAAGCAAUAGUUCAACAAUAUUCAGGCCUCGUGUGAGUGGGACCCACUCAGAUCCUCUGCAAUAAACAUUUAAUAAUGAUCCUCUAGCAUUACAACCAAAACAACUCGUCCUUUCUUCCCACAGAGAAAAUCUUGUCAUAUACUGGAAAAUAUUUUUGGAAGCUAACAUACCUGAAUACGACUUCAGUUAACACUAUUUCCCUUCUCAUGAAGUACAUUUAAACAUAGGAAUUUGCAGUUGCAACAACGGUUGCUAGUGUUUUUCAGGGAUGUGUCUCAUAUAUGCAGUAACUGAACAUAACCCCUAAAACCUCCACUUUCCCAGCUGGUCGGAGUCACAAACUCUUUGUUUGUGGCGCUGCAAGGUGAGCAUACGUCACCUGAAGUAACCAGCAGACGUUUUUCUGACUCCGCCCAGGUCUGCCUCGUUGCCACGACUCCCGUAGUGACCUCGUUAACUUUGUUUCAGGUACCCAAGCAUAGCCAGCCAGCCUCACAAGCACCUCCUCCUGAGGCAAAGCAAUCGAUUAACCCUCAACAACCGUUAGCUACCUGUCAGUGUGGCCUGGCCUGGAUUAUACCCCCCUCUUGUAACUUCAUCUUUUGAUAUUCGGUCUCCUUUUCACUACUAGCUUAUACAGGUCAUUGUGUUUAUACUUAAGUGGAAAUGCAUGCUUAAUAAUAGAGUAUGAAACAAAGCAAUUUGAGAUGUAGACACGUUGUGAAUGCAGGAGAGAGAUCGGAACAUCAUAGCAACAUUUUUGUGAGGGUUUGGCGCAGUUUUAAUUUUGUUAAGAUGAUCCCGAGUUGAACCUUUUUAUCACCUUGAAAUGUACCACAAUGUGCAAUACUUACAUUUAGUUUCCCCCCCUUUUGCCGUGCCAAGUGUAUGUAGCAUAGUCCUACUCCAGUGUCUCGUCCUUGUUGAUAGCUUGUGUAUUUUACUGUCUGCUGAUGUGUGUGUCACAUCUGUAAAAUGAGAAUCAGGAUGUGUGUGAAGUGAAACAAAACCAACGGAGAGUUUUCCUGUACCUCCCUUUCCCUUUUGUCCUUGCGGCCUUCCUAAAUUUGAGCGUGUGUGUGAGACUCAUGUCUCCUGGCUGCGUGUCUGCACCGUAUGUCGCGUGUGUGUAUUACGUGUGCUUAAUGUACACCUGGUGUUCAAAUGUAUGACCGUGUUAGGGUUUGUUUGUGUGUGUGACACAUCUGUAUGUGUGUGUGUGUGUGCGUAACGGAGUGUUUUCUCCUCCUAAUUGUCUGUGAGAUCGUAAACCCUGACCCUCAACGGUUCUCGGUGAGACCCACAGGAAAAAAAAAGAAACCUCAUUGCUAGUGGGGACCACUUUUUGUAAAAAAGAAUUUAAAAAAAAGAAAAGAAAAAAAAACAACCAACCAACAGAGAUGCACAUGUAAGUAGAUGUAAAAGACUUGAUAAUGUUUCAGCACUUUCUAAUCCUAGGAUGGGCUUGGUCUAACCCCUCUGUCUCAGACCGAUACCUUCCCUAGGGCUAACAUUCAUUCAAAACAGACAGAGAGAAUGAGAAUGAAAAAAAAAGGGUGCGAUAAGGAUGAAAAAGAGAGAUGGCUCAGUUUAAGUUUUUGCACAUCACCUUGCCGUAACCUUGUGUGUAUCUGUCUGUGCUCCAUCUCGCUUGGCGCCCGGCGCGUUCUUGGGUCCAACGGGCCGAGGUGUUAGGCGGUUCCUUGGUUCUUUUCUACUAGGAAAACCUUUUUCUCAUGGAUUGCAUCCCUUCUUUUGUUGUGUUUGGGGUUUGUUUUGGAAUCUUUUCCACUCUACACCAUCCGGCCUGUGCCAUUAAUUCGUCUCGUUCACAUUUUGAGCUCUAAUUCGCCCGAUUAGGUUUUGUAACGAGGCCGGCACAGUUUGGUUUGGUCAUGGUGCGAAAACGUUGCGUUCAAACCUUUUGCUUUGUUUGCAUUAUCUUUGGUGCAGGAGCUUUUUCUGUGUUUUAAGUCUCCUUGUAGCACUCAAUAUAAUGUCAGGGGACUUAAAACUAUGUAGAGAAUGUGUCAUUGUUGAGUUAUUAUGACAAGCUUCCUCACUGGAGGAACACUGCUAAUGUCGUCUUUUUUUUUUUUUUUUUUUUUUAAUUGGCUUCUUGCACAAUUUUACAAAUAAAAUGAAUGUUGGUGUGUGAGCUUUGACCUUUCGAUCAGAAAAAUAAGGCAUGUGUGCUCUUUGUUUCUUGAUGUUUGUACUUUCUUUUUGCAAAAAGGAUGUGUUUUUGGCACUUUGUCGUGUUUUAAAAGUGAACAGAAUUCGAUCAGGAUUCCUUUUUUUUUUCUUUCUUUCUUUCUUUUUUUCUUUUUUUUUUGUAUGACGUCGUCAGUGUCCAUAGCGCUGGAUAACCAACUCAGGCAGAAAGAAAAAAAAAAAAAACUUGUAGAGGCCCACUUAACAGUUUAGUUUCACCCCAAUCAAUUUACAUAGUGGGCUGUUUCAUAUGGGUUAUAAGAUAUGUAAAUUUAUUACAUAUAAUUUGAUAUGAUUAACAAAUGUCAUUCUUGACAAUUAACUAUUAAUUAUUAUGAUAUUAUGUGUAUUAUGCUGGAGAUGGCUUGGAUUACUCUUCAGUGUACUGAACGUCUUUGUUCUGAAUCUCUGUGCAAGGCGACAAACACUUCAGCAGGGGACAGGCUGUACGCUUUCAUGACCUCUGACCCUGCCCACUGCCACGGAUGGGGUGGAGCUUAUCUGUCAGCUGUGGCUCAUCUGAUUCCUCCCCCCUGUUCUGAACACUCAGCCCUGAGGCUAGCAACCAGUCUGUCUAGAUGUUCCUCUGCUAACGUGUGACACCAAGUACUGAACUGAAACAUUUUGGCCCAUGAGACGGUGGCAGAGAAGCGGACAUCAGCACAGACCUGCACGGACAGUCUGGCCUUGCAGGGGGCCGCAGCAGUUCCCAGCCAACUUGUUUGUACUAUAUUGUACUCACCAAGUCCCUGUGUCUCACCACCCCUUUCCUCUAUAGCAAUGGAGAAACCCUGUCGGUGUAUGUAUUGAUGACAUCUGUACAAAUGCACCUCUUUGAAAAAGAAAAUGAAACCUUGACAUAUCUGGAAUAAA